AUGCCUUCGGCAGGUGGAGGCACGGUGGUGCGGGCUCGCAAGCGCACUCAAACCCAAGGGAAGCCGCAUCCCGCAACCUCAACGAAAGCCAAAGCGACAUCUCUAGCCCCAGGUUACAAUGACAUCAAUGUCGAGGGAACACGUUCAAAUUCAUCCCCGGACCCCCGGUAUUCAUCGCAGACCGAGACUGCAGUCACCGCUCAACAGUCGUCAGAUGUGGUACAUACAUUUCUAUUCAGCGCGGCCAGUACCAUCCUUUGGAUGAGAGACUUGCUACCAGACGAGUACUUUCGCACAGCAUUCUAUGCCUCCAUCAACAAGCAUUGCUCUUACCACGAUUUCACGCAAGGCAGUGAUGAAGGUGCCGUUGCGCAAGGGAAUCGUUCGCGGCCGAAAGGCUAUCACCUCCGUGUUCUCAAGAGGAACGUGUCCACGCGUGGCGACCAGAUCAUCAAGUGGUUGGAAACCGGUGUCUUCGAGGCAAUCCAGCGAGGUUACUUGGCCCAACUUCAGAUUUGUAUAUUUGCAGACGAACUUCAACCUACUGAAGUACUUGAAAUGUACUGUUUUCAUCUGGUGUAUCCCGGCUGGACUCAAUAUGGCAGCAAUGUUGUGGACCUGGUGAUUCAAGACAGUCAAACGAGAAAGACUGUUACACUCAAAGAUGCCCGUGAAGCUCUCAACACGGUGGUCAGAAACAUGGUAAGUUUGAACGGUACCAUGCCACACCUCCCAGAGCGGUGCUACAUGAGUCUCUAUCUUGUCUGGAAUGAGCGACGGCCUUCUGGAUAUCAGCCUCCAGGUUUCCACUCCUCUAAUGAUCUCAACAUCAGCUUUCCAAUCUCUGAAGGAUGGAAGAUGGACACCAGCAUUUGCGGCCAAGUCAGGGCAUGUUUUCGUACAGUGGAUCUCAGCAUCGCGUACACGAAAGGUACCACGUUCGAUGACGAGGGGGAAGCAAUCAUAAUGCCUCACUUCACGUAUGGACAAAGGUUUAGCCGAUUGGAACCGUUUACCGUCCAGACUCCUGACCAGCAAGAUCGAGACGAGUUUCUGAAUGACGAUGCUCAAAAGCUACCCACCACUCGCCCCAAUUCAGUCGUGGAAAACGAUCCAGUCACCUCAAUGACCGCAGUCCAGACACGGCAUUUGUCUACAAGCCUCCUUGAUGGCGAAAAGCAUGGCUUACGGCAUAAAGAGAGCGAUGCUGCUGCUAACACGCAGGAUAAAGCGGACCUUUCACGUUUGAAAGGCCUGCAACUACUUGAGCCACGUCAGACGCACGACACCCAGUUAGUUCCCCGAUCACCUACUAUACCUUCGCAACCGACCCAGAGUUCGCCAAAAGAACACCGGAAAUCCGGACAUACGCGAGCGAGAACGUCACAAGGCUUCAGGUCUUCUGAAUCUGUUACCAUCAGCUGCGAAUGUGGCUCCAAAGAAACGAGCAACGUGGUCCGGUGCCAUGGCUGUAAUGGUUGGCAGCACGCCCAGUGCUACGCAUAUGACGGGCUUAAUGAUAUGAGGAUGCCAACCGAGCGUAUGUGCUAUACUUGUCUGCUAGGCGAUGCGUCCAAUUCCCAAUUUACCGAAGUAAAGACACUCACACGAACUCGACAAGUUAUUCACUGCAUUCGAGUGCGUGGCAUGACCUCAUCAAUUCAGAUCACGAACAUCUUGGGAUGCCCACGGUCUGAUCUGGCUGAACUGCUUGAAAGCCUGAAGCAGAACAACCUUGUCGUGGUGAAAAAUUCGAGGAAGAAGUUUGACCAGGUUUCCCUGGUUUCCACUGAAGCAGCCAAGCAAAAGCUCGCCAAUAUCUACUUGAACCCGCCAAAAAAUCUCAAGGACUUGGUAGCUGACGCGGCUGCUGAUGAACGAGCAAUCCAAAGCAACCCUAGACGAAAGCGAAAGGACCAUGGAUCGCCCGACCGCAAUUCUCAGCCCAAGACCCCUCGACUUUCACGCCCCUAUUCAAACCUGGCAUUUGACAGCAAUGCCCUCUAUACGCCACCAAACAGCGAAAGCCUCGCUGGUCAACGCAGUCACUGAAGAUGGGAGUGAGUACUGGUGCACAUAAGGGCCGAAGUCAUGGUCGCUGAUCUACGGAUUGAUGUACUCUGGGUCACUGUGUAGAGUCUGCAGGUACCAACGCCAACGAGUGCUAUCCCGCAUGCUCACCUCCUGACCGGACGCUGUCCGAGCGUUGUAU